AACCCUGCGGCGGUUUGCUAUGCGGCAAAGGCUUGCAGAAAAGGGAGCAGGGAGAUUUGGGAAGGGGCGAGGGCAGGGGGGUGGCUGCUUGGAACUCUGUGAAUCUGCAGCGCAGAAAAACACACACACACACACACACAUGGGGCAUGAUCUAUGUGUCUUGUUUGUAUGUCUCUGUGCCGCCAGUGCUUCAGAGAAUGACAAAAGAGGAUCCUUCCCAGGACCACCAGCACUUAGCACAACCCUGGAUGUAACCUGAACCUGACUUCUGGGCCUUUUGCGAAGAGGCAGGAUCCGUUUUGUCGUUCUUGCUCCAGUCAGGGUGGGGUGUAUGGCUUUUUGAGAGUUAGCACUGUAGUGUAGUGAAUGUUUAUUGCAGGAUGGGAAAAAAGGAAAGGAGGAAGGUUUGGCUAGAUGCUGCAGAGCGACGAGACGAGGCGAGAGGGUGAGAUCCCUGUUAGAGUAGGGAAAGGAACAUGGGAGAUAUGAAGACACCAGACUUCGACGACCUCCUGGCGGCCUUUGACAUUCCCGACAUGGUGGAUCCUAAAGCUGCCAUUGAAUCUGGGCAGCAAGAUGACCAUGACGACAAAGUUAAGCAAGCAAAGUAUGUUUCAGCAAUCACUGAAGACGUUGGUGUCAGUGUCAUCGUCAAGAAUAUUAGAAAUGCGGACCCAAGUCAACAUGUUGGUACCCUGUUAGAAAAGGAUUUUCAAUUCCACUCCCAAGCUAAUCCCAUAAGAAUAAGCAAUAAACUUCAAAAUGGCUUCUUGACUUCCAUGACAACAGGAGGUCAUUACACCAAAAAUGAAUGGAAUCCUUCCAAAGCAGAUGGCGAAGCAGUAUAUAAGCAGUCGUCAACCUGCCAUCAGUUCAGUCCCAUCUCCAGCGUGGAGGAGUCGGACGAGGACAAGACUGAAGUGAGUAAUCCAACUAGGAAAAGGAUUGGACAUUCACAUCUCAAGUCCACCACCAAGAAAGAGAAAGAGUGUUCUCAAUAUCCUGCAUCCAUGGAGAAAGACUCAAAGUCCAAAGCAAAAGAGAUCAAACCAGAUCAGAAUAACAAUCAAAAUAUCACUCUGGAAGUUUCCAUGUUCAAUAGCAGCCCUCAAACCAGUUUGCUUCAAGAGGAACCUAAGGCAACACAUAGCGAGGAGAAUAAUGAGCAAACAUCCCAAAUCCAGUCAAAGACCUCUGUAAAACUUUCUUCUUGUAUAGCAGCCAUUGCUGCGCUUAGCGCUAAAAAGGAAAGCCCUACAGGUCAUAGUUUAGAUUCUCCUACAAGAGAGACGGACUCAAAACAAGACAAUACAAAUUCCAGAGCUCCGGGAAAAAAGCGUGAGCAGGAAUCGGCAUUGGAGUUGGCAAAGCGCCUGCUAUCAGGGCCACCGGAUAGUCCAUCUAGUGUCCACAGUGAGGGUAGCAGCACGGACACCACACCGGUCAUUCCAAAAGUAAGGAUAAAAACAAUCAAGACCUCUUCUGGACAGGUCAAGCGUACAGUCACCCGAGUCAUCCCAGACUUGGAUUUUGGCAGAGUGAACAAAGAAGACCCUUUUGGUAAUGGCCUAACAGUCAAGGCUACCAGCAGUGUAUUUUUUUCAUCUCCCACAAUGUCGUCUUUGCCAACAACGGUUGUUGCAACACGUGGGGGACCACCAAUUGAAAUAACUAAGCAGAUGACCAUUAAACCAGUAGCAACAGCUUUCCUGCCAGUCUCAGCUGUGAAAACAGCCGGUUCCCAAGUCAUUAACCUGAAGCUAUCUAAUAACACCACAGUCAAAGCAACUGUCAUUCCAGCUGCCUCUGUACAAAAUGCCAGCAGUGCCAUCUUUAAAGCGGCAAACGCCAUGCAACAACAGACUGUCAUGGUCCCCGCUUCCAGUCUGACCAAUGCCAAACUUGUACCAAAGGCGGUCCAUUUUAGUAAUCUCAAUCUUCUCUCUAAAAAUAUGUCCUCAACUGUUAGCGAUCUCAAAAAAGCAAUGUCGUCCACCAAACAAUCCCAGCAGCAGCAAUCACAACUACUUAAACAACAAGCACUUCUCAAAGGCCAAUCUUCGAAGAAACUCUCCAGGGUUCAAGUCUUCAGCAGCUCUCAAAGCUCCGUAGUUGAUGCUUUUAAUAAAGUCUUGAGUAGCAUAAAUCCCAUUCCUGUAUAUGUCCCAAACCUCUCUCCACCACUCUCAUCCUGUAUUUCUCUUCCCUCUCAUGGCUACAAGUGCCUGGAGUGCAGUGAUUCCUUUGCUCUUGAAAAGAGCCUGACCCAGCACUAUGAACGUCGCAGCGUGCGCAUUGAGGUUACCUGCAACCACUGUUCAAAAAGUCUCAUCUUUUACAACAAAUGCAGUCUCCUGUCUCAUGCUAGGGGGCACAAGGACAAAGGGGUUGUCAUGCAGUGCUCACACCUAAUCUUAAAACCCAUCCCUGCAGACCAGAUGAUAACGACAUCGCCCUUUUCUGCAUCACCCACUGUCACCGACAGCACCUCUUUCGCCUCUGAUGCACAGGUUUUACCCGUUCAAACCACGGGAAAAGUUUCAAGCAGUGGGUCACAAAGCCCAAUGAUUUCAGCUCCAAGCAGUGCUGCUCCUGAGGCGGCCAUGCCCUUAGAGGAUGAUGCAUCAAAGCUCUGCAGGCAUAGUCUCAAGUGUUGGGAAUGUAAUGAAACAUUCCAAGACGACAGCUCGCUAGCAACACAUUAUCAACGGGUUCUGGAGACCAGUGGGCAGAAAACGUGCACUGUCUGCCAAAUGCUUCUGCCAAACCACUGCAGUUUUCUAUCCCAUCAACGAAUCCACCAGCACAAGUCUGCGUACAUUUGCCCCGAAUGUGGUGCGAGCUGUCGUUCCGUCCACUUCCAGUCCCACGUCACCAAGAACUGCCUGCACUACACCCGCAGAGUCGGCUACCGCUGCACCCACUGUAGUGUGAUCUUCGCUGAUGUUGCAACUCUGAAGUCGCACAUCCAGACUACACACUGUGAGAUCUUCUAUAAAUGUUCGCUUUGUCCAAUGGCCUUCAAGUCUGCGCCCGCAACACACUCGCAUGCGUACACACAACAUCCUGGACUGAAAGCGGGCGAGCCCAAGCUUAUAUACAAGUGUUCCAUGUGUGAUACUGUAUUCACCCUGCAGUCUCUGCUCUACUCACACUUUGACCAGCAUGUUGUCACUCACAAAGUUCCUGUCUUCAAAUGCCCCGACUGUUCCACGCACUACGCACAGAAACAGCUCAUGCUGGACCAUAUAAAGGCCAUCCAUGGAACUUUGAAGACCAUUGAUGGUCCACCAAACUUGGGGCUGAACCUCCCUCUCAGCACCAAGCCUACAAAUCCAAACAGCAUCAAUAAUGGCCCCAGUAACAACAAAGAUGGAGUUAACCCUAAUGGUCAGAACAAGGGCGGAAAUAAGGCUCUACCUUCGUCACAAAAAAAACUCAGCAAAAGCAGUUCAGGGGAGCUUAAGGAUGCUAAUGGGUCAGGAUAUACUUGUGGGGAAUGCAACACCGUCAUCACUUCCAGGGAUGUGUUUGUAGCCCACAUGAAACAAGAGCACGACAAGAUACUGAAGAAGCACCCAUGCCGACAGUGCGACAAGUCCUUCAGUUCUACUCACAGUCUAUGUCGACACAACCGCCUCAAACACAAGGUGGUGCGCAAAGUCUACACUUGCCCGAACUGCCCGGCUCUCAGUCAGCCGUUCACCAAGAGAGUGCUGCUGGAUCAGCACAUUCAGUUGAUGCAUGGCGCCUCAGAAGAAAAGCAAGAGAACUCAGAAACCAGGGACGAUUUGUCGGAAAAGAAAUUGACCGUCAGUCCCAAGAGGAAGAGCGAAGAAGAUGAGGGAUCUCCAGGGUUAAACCCCAGGAAUUUGGACUUGCAGCCUUUGAAGAGGCUCAAAGUGAACAUUCCCAAAGUUCACCGCUGCGCCGUCUGCGGCUUCACCACCGAGGACGUCGCCGCCUUCCACAAGCACAUCCCCCAGCACAAGUCGGACGGCUCGUCCUACCAAUGCCAGGAGUGCGGCCUGUGCUACACCUCGCCCCGCUCCAAGGCCCGACACCUCUUUAUCGUGCACCGGCUGAAGGUGCAAGGCCUCAACCGAUACAGGGGUAAGGAUGACGACGAGAGCCAGAGGGAGAACCAACUGGACGUUACGGCGGACAGCGACGACGGGACGCCAAACACCAAAUGCAAAGUGUGCGGGAAGCUGUUUGAGACCGAGGGGAACCUUAACAGUCACAUGAGGACGCACGGCAUGGCGUUCAUCAAGGCCAAAAGACUCAGCUCGGCAGAGAAAUGAAACCAUUUCACUAAAAUAAAAAGACGCUUCAUCUUAUGUACUGUACUUGUCACAAUCAACUUACUUGGUCCUACAAGCUAUAUACUGCUAUAUACAUAUACUCUAUGUACUGGAAAAUGCAUUAUAUGAGUCACCUUUUGCUUUGAAUCGAAGAAAAGUAGUUUUUGUACCACACGUUUCUAAAGACUUGAAUUAAUUUUUUAUAGAAGAGGAUUUUAUUUUAAAUGGUUUCCGCUGUUGCGUCAAGCUUCAUGAAGUACGGCUGUUGUAUUUUGUCGUUGUGAGAUUCUCCACAUCAACACAGGUAUUUUUCAAAUCUGACAUUUUCUACGGCUUUUUGGUCUUUCAUCCACUGAAUCAGGAGAAUUCAGUUUUUCCAAUUCUGGGUGGUACCCUUCAAACAAUGCCACAACUUUACACUAUUAUCUAAUUUUUACAAAUAUUUAUUUAAUAACAGAAUACAUCUUGUGACGCUAGCAAAGAAAAUCCAACGUUUUUCCAUUUUUUUUUUUUUUUUUAUAAAUGCCCGUGUAUGAGUGGACUUCGCUUUUCAGUCAGAGUUGUUCUUGUUCAUUGGUACUUUCAAGAAUGUUAAUGUGGCUGUUACAUUGAAAAACAAAGCUAAACAUGAACUUUCCAUAAUGUUUUGAAUCUUUGUAACGGGCGCACAUACCGGUACGCCGUAGGGUAGAAGGGAAGCUACUUUUUGACAAUAAGACUUGUGUCUCGCUGUAAAUCUGCAAGCAGUCUGUGAAUUGUUUACUAGAAUGUUGUCUGUUGCUGCUACUGUUGCUGCUGUUUUUUUAAAUUUCAUUUUAUUUUAUUCGAUAUUUGGAUCCGUGCGUAUAACGCUGAUCUUUAUCUCAAUAAAAAAAAAAGUGAAAGCAAGGUAAGCGAUGACAUCAUCACCUUGAUGGUAGAAUUUAACGUCUUU